UCAAUCCUCUGCAACUCCUACCAUCUAAUCUCUUUUUACUGUCUUAUCUUCAUCGACCAUUCCUGCAUGGUUUGUGACGAGUACAGAGAGAAGGAAUGGCGUAUAAGGUGGAUCACGAGUAUGAUUACUUAUUCAAGAUUGUCCUAAUUGGGGAUUCGGGUGUCGGGAAAUCUAACAUACUUUCUAGAUUUACCCGGAAUGAGUUCUGUUUGGAAUCUAAAUCCACCAUUGGUGUUGAAUUCGCUACCAGGACUCUUCAGGUUGAGGGGAAGACAGUGAAGGCACAAAUAUGGGAUACGGCCGGUCAAGAAAGGUACCGAGCAAUCACCAGUGCUUAUUACAGAGGAGCAGUAGGUGCUCUUAUGGUUUACGACAUAACAAAGAAGCAAACAUUUGAAAACGUUCAAAGGUGGCUCCGUGAGCUAAGGGACCAUGCAGAUUCCAAUAUCGUCAUCAUGUUAGUUGGAAACAAAUCCGAUCUGAACCAUCUUAGAGCCAUUCCAGAAAGUGAAGCCCAAGCAAUGGCAGAGAAAGACGGGCUUACGUUUCUAGAAACUUCUGCACUGGAAGCAAAUAACGUCGAAAAGGCAUUCCAGACAAUCUUGCUCGAUAUCUAUCAAAUAGUGAGGAAGAAGGCGUUGGCUGCCCAGGAAGCUGCUGCUUCUGUUCCUGCCAAAGGCACCACCAUCAAGGUUGAGAGUUCUAAUGAUUCCAAAGGGACAACUUGUUGUUCUAAUUAACUGUACGUUCUUUUUUUCCCGGUUUAAAACAUCUAAGUAGUCGAAAAGACACUCGGCUUGAUGGUAAAGUUGUCGGGUGUUGGAGAUUCGUUCUCACUCUCCCAUUGAUGUUAAUGCAAGAAAAUGGAAGAGGUGAAGUGAAGGAAGAAGAGGAUGGUAAAGAGAUUGCUUAGAACAUCUGUGACUUUUUUUUGUAAGUAGAUAGAAAUAGGUUUAAGAGCAAAUUUGUAUAUGUAAUUUUGGUUGGACCUUUGUAUAAACAAAUGGUCAAUAUUUAU